GGGGGCAUUGUGCGACGUAUAUGGUUCAUCACGAGUUCGACAACGCUUCAGAACGCGUGUCCUCUGUUUUCGUUUUUCGCCCGGAAGUCACCGGGAUCAAAAAAUUCCCUCUCUUCGCGCUCCGCUCCGAACGAAAAGCUACCCUUUGAUAAUUAAUAACGCUUCACUCUCGGUCACAACAGAUGUGACAACCUCGUGUUUUCAGCACUGUAUGUUUAGUUGAGAAGAGUUUUUUUCAGUUCGGGAAGUUUGGAAGUGUUUGAGGAAGUGAAAAGUGUUUAAAGCAGUGACAAAUGUGCUUUUAGUGUUUUUUGGGAAUAUGCAAAAAUAAACGAGUUAAACAUACCAAAUCGUAAGAAGCAGAGAAGUGUCACUGAAAACAGAAAUUGUCAUCCUUAUUCACGAGUUGGCAGAUUUCUCUUUCUUUUGGAACUGGAACCGUGGAUACCUAUCUACCUGCCCGAAUCCUAAAGGAAAGAGAAGGAGGAAUCCUUUGUUCCUGAAGGAGGAAGAAAAGGACGAGAAGCGGCCGAGUGUCUGAGCCUUGGAGAAGGUACGAGAGAAGCAAGAGGCAAACGCACUUUUGUCGGUGAAUGACCACGCGGCGGUCAGACUCAAGGCCACCCUAAGAAUCACUCGACUCACCUUCAGCAUCUCCAGAGUGGAAGCUCUGGAGCGAUUUAGAUUUGACUCUGGAAAGGAUUUUGGAAAAAGUUGAUUUUAAAAAGUGAGAGGGUCUUUUUGACGAAGGAUCUGCAAAGUCGCGAGACUAUUGGUGACUUGGAAUAGUGGGUUAAGUGGAUCAUAGUGGAUAGAAGAGAAGAGAGAAUGCAGAACAGAGGAUUUGAUGCCGCAAUGGUGCUGGUGAAGACAGCUGUUCUCACAGCUGCCGUAGCCCAAAUACUAGGAUCGGCAAUGGCCAGCAGGCCGGUCGGGACUCAUCCUGGACAUGCUUACUUCGAACAACCAUGCUGUGGACAUUCUCAUCUCAGGCAUCAUAAAGAGCAUGUACGAGAAUUCAGCUGUGGGAUGCUAUAUUACAGAACUCUUUACCUGGAUAGCAAAAGGGAUGUUCUCUACGUCGGAGCAAUGGACAAGGUCUUCAGACUCAACCUGAGUAAUAUCAGCCAUUCUAACUGCGAAAGAGAUGCUCUCAACCUGGAACCGAGCAAUGUCGCCAAUUGCGUUUCUAAGGGAAAAUCAGAGCACUUCGAUUGUCGAAAUCACGUUCGAGUCAUACAGCCAAUGGGGGAGGGAAAUCGUCUCUAUGUCUGUGGAACCAACGCGCAUUCUCCAAAAGAUUGGGUUAUUUACAGCAAUCUCACCCAUUUGCCUAGGAACGAGUAUGUACCAGGUGUGGGAACGGCAAUCGCGAAAUGUCCUUACGACCCAGCCGACAACUCAACAGCCGUCUGGGUCGAGAAGGGCAAUCCAGGUGAUUUGCCGGCUCUCUAUUCUGGUACCAAUGCCGAAUUUACCAAGGCUGAUACCGUCAUUUUUCGAACGGAUCUCUACAAUCUAACGACUGGACGAAAGGUCUUCAACUUCAAGAGGACGCUGAAGUACGACUCGAAGUGGCUCGACAAACCCGAUUUCGUUGGUUCCUUCGACAUAGGCCAACAUGUGUUCUUUUUCUUCCGGGAAACGGCCGUCGAGUACAUCAACUGCGGGAAAAGUGUCUAUUCGCGUGUAGCUAGGCUAUGCAAAAAAGAUACAGGAGGGAAAAAUAUUCUCGCGCAGAAUUGGGCUACCUACCUAAAAGCUAGGUUGAAUUGCUCAAUUCCUGGCGAGUUCCCCUUCUACUUCAACGAAAUUCAGAGUAUCUACAAGGUACCGGGCGAUGAUACGCACUUUUAUGGUACAUUUACGACCUCGACGAACGGUUUGAUGGGCUCUGCCAUCUGUUCAUUCCACAUUGAUGCCAUCCAAGAUGCCUUCCGUGGUAAGUUCAAGGAGCAAGCAACCAGUAGCAGCGCCUGGCUUCCGGUUUUGUCAAACAAGGUUCCUGAGCCACGACCUGGACAAUGCGUCAAUGACACAGAGACACUUCCGGAUACGGUCCUCAACUUCAUUAGGUCACAUCCGCUCAUGGACUCUGCGAUAUCCCACGAGAAUGAGAAGCCCGUCUUCUAUAAGAGAGACGUCAUGCUCACUCGACUCGUGGUGGAUAAACUUCGCAUCGAUUUCGUCGGGAUGGAUUUGGACUACACUGUCUACUACGCUGGCUCCAGUGACGGACGGGUUCACAAAGUAGUACAGUGGGUGGACAGCAAUGGGGAAUCGCAGUCGAUUUUGUUGGAUGUCUUUGACGUGACUCCCGGGGAACCAAUUCAGGCGAUGGAGAUAUCAAAGGAACACAAAGCCUUAUACGUGGCUUCUGAUCACCGCAUAAAGCAGAUCGAUUUGGUCAUGUGUUCUCGUCGCUACGACAAUUGUCUCCGGUGUGUCCACGACCCUUACUGCGGAUGGGAUAAGGACACCAACAUGUGCAAACCUUACGCUCCUGGACUUCUUCAAGACGUAUCAAACAGUACAGCCGACGUUUGCGACAGCAGUGUCGGCAAACGAAAACUGGUUGUGACCUGGGGUCAGUCGGUGCACCUAGGAUGUUUCGUGAAGAUGCCGGAGGUUCUCGCUAACCAAGAGGUCAGGUGGUAUCACUACAGCAAAGAGAAGGGAAGGUACCAGAUCACCUACAAAUACGGUUCAGGUGGGGAGAAAUUCAUCGAAACUUCCGAAAAGGGUCUGGUGAUUGUUGGUGUGAACGAGCAGGAUGCGGGUAGAUACGACUGUUGGCUUGGUGGGGCUCUUCUCUGCUCGUACAAUAUCACAGUCGACGCUCAUAGAUGCUCGGCGCCUGCCAAGUCCAAUGACUAUCAGAAGAUUUACUCGGACUGGUGCCAUGAGUUCGAGAAGUAUAAAUCGGCCAUGAAGAGUUGGGAGCGGAAACAAGCGCAAUGCGCAUCGAGACAAAACGACAGUAACCAAAAUCUCCAUACGAACGAAGUGUAUGGAACGCCUCUAGUGUGAUGAAAUCGCGCUCUAGAUCCGUUGUCAAUUCGAGAUGACGACUCGAUAAUCCGUAUAAGCAUCCUACCGGCGAAUCAUGGUCAAAGUCUGUCUUGGGCUCCUGGUUUGGAGCUCUUGCUGACUACGUGCAGCUACGUUUAUCAUCGUCUCUUACGACCGGAUAUUCGCUAAUUAAAUUAAAAUUAGUCAAUAAGAAAUAAACGAAUGAUCACUUGGAGCCAAGUGCCACGGUGCUCGUUUCUUUCCUCGCGUUCAAGGCUCUUAUUCUUUUGUUCUCGACUUUGAAUGUUUUUGUAUUCGCUUCUUGUAAAUAUCUAGGAGUCUGCGAAACUUUAAGACUUCGCCUCGGCAACGACGCGCGAGCACCAGUGGAUGCCAAAGUAAGUGUUCUUAAGGGCAGAAGGCAGCAAAGACAUCGAACUUUGAAGUUCGAGGCCGUCGAAAUUCGAUCGCGCAUUUUGAUUCGAGAUAAGCGGACUUAACUGAUUAUGGAUGAUGUCCUGCCGGAGCCCUCUCUCGGAGAGAUACAAGGCAGAAAACAAUCAAGAUUGCGUGAUUUCCCCGGGAAAGACUCGUAUAAUUAUUAAAAAUCUAGGAUUAAGAGUUAGUAUUUCUUACGAGGAAAGGGACUUUCGUGGUUACUUAGCAAUUAGUCGAGCACCGAAUCGAACGUGUCUCGGACACUUCGCAUCACAGAGGUUACAUAUGAGAUUAUAUUUCCCGUUCGUGAAAAUGCGCGUUUUCUUUUGAGCAAUUCCUAAUACGAUUAAUUAGCAUAAUCGAAACUCGCGGGCUGAGUGUUACAUACUUUAAUUUCAGUCGCGCUUCCUACUCUUCAGUUAUCGUUCUAGAGUCAGCUUCUAGAACUUUAUUAAAUAAUUACGUAAACUUCAAGGUGCUAAAUGAACUCGUUUUAAUCGAAGAAAUUACAGAAGAUAGCCCUCGAGAAUUAAGCCCUCUUUUCACAUUGUAUAUACCGGAUCACGGAUUCACGUCUACACGUAGCUAACUCUAAUAUUAGCCUAGAGAUUCGUGUUUGCUUAUUAGUUCUUGAUGAGCUCAGCUGAGAUGGUCGCAUCUCGCAAAAUUACUGGGCAAACUGCACGCGAUUAUUCCGCAACUCUUGCCGGAAUGAAUCUGCGAGCAUCCCGUACAUUUUCGUCAGGUCAUAAGCCUUCCCCCGCUGUCCUCUUCGGGACCUCGGCGAAGCUUCAUGGGACCUUGGACGCGUUAAUGAAGAUGGAUACUAAUCCCAAACUAAAGUCCACACUUCCGGGCACGAACUGUGAUUGGCUUGAUGAUAUAGAAACUAUUUGAAGAGAGCCACAUCUCUAGCAUUUAAUAUUCAGAAGUUUUAAUUACUGGAAAACGUGCAUGAGCUUUUAUAUCCUUAUUGAACUUCGAGCGCGCUUUUAUUUCCCGACAGAAAUCGUAAUGCGCGUGGAUUUCCUUGAUCGGAAUCCAGGCGCUCUUUCAAUCCUGUUUGGAAUCUGAGGGCUCUUCGAUUUCGGAACGGAAUCCGACCGCUCCUCGAUUUCUGAAAGUAAUCCAGGCGCUCUUUACUUCCUGCUCGGAAUCCGAGUGCUCUUUGGAUUCUGAACAGAAUUCGGGCGCUCUUUGAUUCCUGGUUGGAAUCCGAUCGCUCCUUGACAGUAAUUAUAUCAAUUAUAUAUAAAAAUCUUUAAUAACGCGUCCAAGGGCUCCUCACACUAUAAAUACAUCCUGAGAAUAAUGUAGGGAGGUCAUGACACCUUUCUAAAUGUAUUUGAGUUUCACGGAUCGACAGUGAUUCUUGCCCUUAGUUUGUAAAUAAUUAUAAAUGACUAGCAGUCCGAGGCACUUUGAUUUUUCGGCGCUCGGUAGAACUUUAGCCCGCGCAGAGCGCUUUUCUCGGGCGAUCGAGGGUACAUAUACAAUGUCUAUAUUCUAGGAACCAUGUAAUUUUUAAGUUCUGUACAAAGCGUUCGAUUCGAUAUAAGACAAUUUAAUUUUGUACUUUACGGUGCGAGACUUUUAGCGAAAGAGUGAAAGAAAGAGUGUGAGAGUGGACGUUUAGAGGAUAAGUUUAAACAAUAAUUGAUAAAACUAAUCCUUGAGUAUGUACUUAUUACGAGCUUCAACAAGUAUUGAAUAGUAUUAUGAAAUAAGGUAAGAAUCGACUUUUAUUUAAGGAUCUUUAGCAGAGUGACAGGGCCAGCAGCAAAAGAGCCGUCGUGUAGUUUUCAAACGGAUUUCUGCGACAUUUCAUUAUCGACUGAACAAAGCAUUGACUGAAAAUAGGAACAUUAACAUUUAUCAGCAUUUAAAAGUACUUGGAAAUACUCAAUGUCAGAGAAUUUAAUUAAAUUAGAGCAGUGAGAACAACAUAAAUCUCGUAUACAUACAUUCACGUAAACUCUAAAAGAAUACGUAAGAGUAAAGUGGGCUUGAGAAACCUGUAAUUGCAAAGAUGACGGAUUUGGAAAACUGAAUUUUUCUAGGAAGUUUGUUCCAGAAACUUUUUUCUAGAAACUUAUAUUCUAGAAACUUUUUUCUAGAAACUUAUUUCUAGACACUUUUUUCUAGAAACUUAUUUCUAGAAACUUAUUUAUAGAAACUUUUUCGUGAAACUUAUUUCUAGAAACUUAUUUCUAGAAACUUUUUUCUAGAAAUUUUUUCUAGAAUUUUUUUUCUAGAAAUUUCCUUCUAGAAACUUUUUUCUAUAAACUUCUUUCUAGAGAUUUUUUUCUGGAAACUUUCUUCUAGAAACUUAUUUCUAGAAACUUU